GAAGCCACUUGCUGCCGCUUACAAAGACCAGCUGGACAGACCAGUGAUACCCCACAACUACCAAAUUGGUGACGCGGUUUGGGUCCGCAGACAUCGGACUAAGAAUUUGGAACCCCGUUGGAAGGGACCCUACACUGUGCUGCUGACUACUCCGACUGCUCUCAAGGUCGACGGCAUUGCGGCCUGGGUCCACGCCUCCCACGUAAAAGCGGCCCGACCGGACGAGAAAACAUCAGAAUCAUCAUGGAAGGUUCAACGUUCUCAAAACCCUCUAAAGAUAAGACUUACUCGGGAGCCCCCCUAAUCAUUUUAUGGGCCCUGCUAGGACUGGGAGAGGGGGGGAAAGCCAAGAGCCCUCAUACAGUUUAUAAUAUAACUUGGAGAGUCACUAACCUUAUGACAGGACAGGUUGCCAAUUCCACCUCCAUGCUGGGAACCACGAAAGAUGUCUUUCCAACCCUAUACUUUGACCUCUGUGACCUAGUGGGGGAUUCAUGGAAUCCAUCAGACCAGGAGCCAUUCUCCGGGUAUGGCUGCCACCACCCUGGGGGACGGCAUGGAACAAGAGCCAGGGAUUUCUAUGUGUGCCCAGGUCAAAACUUUAGAAAAGAAUGCGGGGGGCCCGCAGAUGGGUACUGUGCCCAAUGGGGCUGCGAAACCACCGGAGACGCCUACUGGAAGCCAUCCUCUUCCUGGGACCUAAUCACCCUUAAGCGAGGAACCACCCCUGGUUACACGGGUGCAGGACCUUGGGUAUGCAGCAAGGACUGGUGUGGCCCCUGUUAUGACUCCUUGACUAAAAAUGUUACGGGGGCCACCUUAGGAGGCAGAUGCAAUCCUCUGAUCCUCGACUUUACCGCCCAAGGCAAAACAGCAGUCUGGGAUGGUCCCAAGUCCUGGGGACUGCGUCUCUAUCGCUCAGGAUAUGACCCUGUCACUAUAUUCUCCUUAACGAGGCAAAUAGCUUCUGUCUCAUCAACAGUAGCUGUCGGGCCAAACGCGGUCUUGUUAGAACAGAAGCCCCCUUCUCAGCCAGCACCCCCUCCCAGACCCAAACCAAUUCCCGCCCAAAAUCCCUCCACUACCUUGGCCCCAUCUUCACACAAUAAUACUCCAACUCCUCUGCAGGGUACAGGGGACAGACUCCUCAAUCUAAUCCAGGGGGCAUACUCGACCCUCAACUAUACCAGUCCAAACUUGACCGAGGAAUGCUGGCUAUGUCUGGUUUCGAGGCCCCCAUACUAUGAGGGAGUAGCUAUAAUUGGCAAUUAUACCAACCAAACUGAAGCCACGGCCUAUUGUACAUCCCCCUCCCAACAUAAACUUACCCUGUCAGAGGUAUUGGGUCGAGGGACCUGUGUGGGAGGAGUCCCUAAAACCCACGAGUCACUGUGCAACAGUACCCAUCCACUUCAGACUUCCUCCACUGGAUAUCUGGUGGCACCCAAUGGAACCUACUGGGCAUGCAGUACGGGUCUCACUCCCUGUGUUUCCCUUACGGUCCUUAACACAACCUCUGACUAUUGCGUGUUAAUAGAGCUAUGGCCCAGAGUAACCUAUCAUACCCCUUCAUAUAUUUAUGAACAAUUUGAAGAGAGGCCACGAAUUAGACGGGAACCAGUGUCCCUCACACUGGCCCUUAUGCUGGGAGGACUGACAGUAGGGGGAAUAGCUGCGGGAGUGGGAACAGGGACCGCUGCACUAGUUGAGACCCAACAGUUCCAACAAUUACAAGCAGUCAUGCACACAGAUAUCAAGGCCUUGGAGGAAUCAGUCAGUGCCUUAGAAAAGUCCUUGACUUCCUUAUCCGAAAUGGUCCUGCAGAACAGACGGGGGUUGGAUGUUCUAUUCCUACAGCAAGGGGGGCUUUGCGCAGCCCUAAAAGAGGAAUGUUGCUUCUAUGCUGAUCACACAGGUGUAGUCAGGGACAAUAUGGCAAAACUCAGGGAACGACUCAAGCAGAGACAGCAGUUAUUUGAGUCACAACAAGGUUGGUUCGAGGGUUGGUUCAACAGAUCUCCAUGGUUUACCACCCUAAUCUCCUCCAUAAUGGGCCCCCUCAUAAUCAUACUGUUAAUCUUGCUGUUCGGGCCUUGUAUCCUCAACCGUCUGGUUCAGUUCAUGAAAGACAGACUGUCAGUUAUACAGGCCUUGGUCUUGACCCAACAAUACCACCAACUUAAACAGUUUGACCCUGAAGAUGUAGAAAACCGAGUCAGCUGA